AUGGCCGACCCUGUCUAUCCUGCGCAGAGGCAUGCCUUUAAGACUUUCACGAAGCUCGUAGAGCUACUACCCGAGGCCGAUCAAGCGAAGACCCAGAUUGUGCUUUUGGCCGGAGAAACCACACCGUUCCGCAAUGACACGGACCGCGAGAUGCCUUUCCGUCAGGAGUCCAACUUCUUCUAUCUUUCUGGAUGCAGGGUUCCCGGCUCCCAUCUCCUUGUCACUUUCCAGAAAGGCACCUCAUUGGAAUCGAAACCCUCGUCGCACCUCUUCAUCCCGAAGGCUGAACUCGCCGACCUCAUGUGGUCGGUGCCUCCCCCGACAGUCGAAGAGGCAACCUCCACGCAUGAAGUUACCCGGAUCGAUUACACUGCCUCUCUCCCCGCUGCUAUCCAGGAUCUCUCCAAGGCCUUCCCCGAUGCCCUCGUUCAUAUCCUCCCCACCUCGCCUCUCUUCCCGACACUCUCGUCCCAGUACACCGCCCCGUUCCUCGCGGCCAACGUUACCGUCAGUCAAGACUACCUUCUCACCGCGCUCCAUCGGGCCCGUCUCGUCAAGGACGGUGAGGAGAUUGCCCUGAUCAAGCGGGCGAACCAGAUCAGCUCGCGCGCCCACGAGACCGUCAUGCGCGUUCUCGGCCAGGGCGUGCGAGGCCUGAUCACUCGCGGCAAGGGUGCUGGCGUCGACCGACCUCUACUCCCCGGAGAAUGGCUCAUACAGAAGGAGGCGGAAGCUGAGGCGCUUUUUGUGGCGUCCUGUCGCCGGGAAGGGGCGGAGCACCAAGCGUACCUACCGAUCGUGGCCGCGUCCACUAGGGCAUCCACCCUGCACUACUGUUGCAAUGACCGCGAGUUUGCCUGGGGGCCCGUGAACGCGCACGACCACCAGAACUGCAACGAUAUCGCGCAUGAUCACGAACGGAACUUGAGCCCCCAAGUGCUGCUCAUCGACGCAGGCUGCGAAUGGAAGUGCUACGCUGCCGAUAUCACGCGAACGAUGCCCGUGGGCAAUGGCGGCAAGUUUACUCCCGAGGCGCGGGCGAUCUAUGAGAUCGUCCUCGAGAUGCAGAAGCUUUCCAUGGAGGCACUCAAGCCCGGCCUGCACUGGGACGCGAUCCAGCUCCUCUGCCACCGCACGCUCGUGCGCGGCUUCCAGAAGCUCGGCAUCUUCAAGACGCCCAAUUCCGCAGGCUCGGGCUCUUGGAACGCCGAGGAGGCGAUCCUCGCGAGCGGCGUCUCGUCCGCGUUCUUCCCGCACGGCGUCGGCCACUCGCUCGGCAUGGACGUCCACGAUGUCCCGAGCGCGAGCAAGCCCGUCGUCAACGACACGAUCAAGCACAUCGAGCUCGGCCACGAGUCGUUCUACACGUACCUCCGCCUGCGCCUGCCGCUCGAGGAAGGGAUGGUCGUGACGGUGGAGCCGGGCAUCUACUUCUCGCCGCACCUCCUUGCUCCGGUGCGCGAUUCGAAGCACAUCGACCUGGGGGUUCUGAAGCGGUACGAGAGCGUCGGGGGCGUCCGAAUCGAGGACGUGGUCUUGAUCACGAAGGAGGGCCACGAGAACCUCACGACCGUGCGCAGCGACACGGAGUGGGUCGAGCAGGUGUGCUCGGGCGAGAUCUGA